AGAGAAAAGAUGAAGAACAAAGAGAGAUAGAGAGAGAGAGAGAGAGGAUGCGAUCCAAUGUUGCUGAUGCCUCGUCGGAAUCAUCACCAUCUUCAUCUUCAUCUUGGGAAGAAGGUCGUUAAUGGCCUUGCAAAUGAGUUGGCAGUGGCAACCGAACCUCCUCCAUCACAAGCGCAAGUCCGGUCCUCCCCUAGGUUUAAAAAACCUGGGCAACUCCUGCUACCUCAACUCCGUCCUCCAGUGCCUCACCUACACCCCUCCCCUCGCCUCUUUCUGCCUCAAUUCCCUCCACUCCUCCUCCUGUGAUUCGGCUUUGGCCGAGAUACGGGAGUGUCCGUUUUGUAUACUAGAGAAGCGAAUUGCCAGAUCUUUGAGUGUUGAUCUAACCCUAGACACCCCUGCCAAGAUGAACAGUUGUUUGAGAAUUUUCGCUGAGCAUUUUCGAUUCGGAAGACAAGAGGACGCUCAUGAAUUCCUCAGAUAUGUUAUUGAUGCUUGCCACAACACCUGUCUCCGCCUCAAGAAGUUGCAGCAGCGGUGGAUGAAGCUCGGCUUUGGCUCCGACUCCGACUCCGGCUCCGGCAAAAUCAGAUCUAGGAUUUUGCAAAAUU